AUGGCUCUCUUUGGUGAUUUUUCACGACUAAUCUUUCUCCUGACUGUUCUGACACUCUUUUCUUCAGUAGUUAACUGUGAGGAUAUUUUUCUGGAGUGGCAUGUAGCAGUUGACAUGACGAUCAACCCAGCGUCGGUGGAUCAACCGGUUAUUACUGUCAAUGGGAUGUUCCCUGGACCUCUUAUUAAUGUCACAACGAACGAUAAUAUUCAUGUCAAUGUGUUCAACAAUAUGGAUGAGCCAUUGCUCAUGACAUGGAAUGGGAUACAACAAAGGCUUAACUCAUGGCAAGAUGGAGUAUCCGGCACCAACUGCCCGAUCCAACCGGCUAAGAAUUGGACUUAUGUGUUCCAGACCAAGGACCAGAUUGGCAGCUUCUUCUACUUCCCCUCCAUCAACUUCCACAAGGCCGGUGGUGGUUUCGGCCCCAUCCGUGUCAAUAAUCGGGUUGUCAUCCCAGUACCAUUUUCUCAACCCGAAGCCGAUUUCGACCUGCUCAUAGGGGAUUGGUAUAAGCAGAAUUUCAAGGAUGUUAGGUCCAAGUUAAAUACCACCUCUGAGGCCUAUGAUAGUUCGCCCGAUAGUAUGCUUAUGAAUGGCAAAGGCUCAUAUUUGGAUCCACUUGCAAAAGCCCAUGAAUCCUUUACUGUCACACCAGGGAAGACAUAUCGAUUCAGGAUCUCCAACGUUGGCAUAGCAUGGAGUAUCAAUUUUAGGAUCCAAAACCAUCGGAUGGUUCUGGUUGAAACCGAAGGAUCGUACACCAAUCAAAUACCGUUGGAUUCUCUCGAUGUGCAUGUCGGCCAGUCCUACUCUGUUCUCGUCACAGCCGAUCAAAAUGCAGCUGAUUAUUACAUUGUUGCAAGUCCUAAACUGGUGAAUGUCACUGAACAUAGUCCUCUUGUGGCUGUUGGUGUGUUGCACUAUGACAACUCCACCAUACCUCCUAAUGGGCCUUUACCUAUAGGGCCAGAUCCAUUCGACCGCGAAUUCUCGGUCCAUCAAGCUCAAUCCAUCAGGUGGAACUUGACCACUGGUGCAGCCAGGCCUAACCCACAGGGAACAUUCAAUGUAUCAAAUGUGACACUCUCACAAACAUUCAUUCUCCAUGGAUCAACAGCUGAGAUUGAUGGUGCUCCUCGCUAUACUGUGAACAAUGUGUCCUAUCUCACUCCAGAUACCUCAUUGAAGCUGGCUGACAGCUUUGCCAACGGGUCUGGGGUUUACCUACUUGAUGAAUUUUCUGCUAAUUCUUCAAGGCCGAUGUCUGUGAAUGGUACUUUUGUGGUGAGUGGGAAGCACAAGGGAUGGCUUGAAAUUGUGUUCAAGAAUGAUUUGAGUGUCAUGGACUCCUGGCAUUUGGAUGGAUUCGGGUUCUACGUUGUAGGGAAUGGGAUACAACAAAGGCUUAACUCAUGGCAAGAUGGAGUAUCCGGCACCAACUGCCCGAUCCAACCGGCUAAGAAUUGGACUUAUGUGUUCCAGACCAAGGACCAGAUUGGCAGCUUCUUCUACUUCCCCUCCAUCAACUUCCACAAGGCCGGUGGUGGUUUCGGCCCCAUCCGUGUCAAUAAUCGGGUUGUCAUCCCAGUACCAUUUUCUCAACCCGAAGCCGAUUUCGACCUGCUCAUAGGGGAUUGGUAUAAGCAGAAUUUCAAGGAUGUUAGGUCCAAGUUAAAUACCACCUCUGAGGCCUAUGAUAGUUCGCCCGAUAGUAUGCUUAUGAAUGGCAAAGGCUCAUAUUUGGAUCCACUUGCAAAAGCCCAUGAAUCCUUUACUGUCACACCAGGGAAGACAUAUCGAUUCAGGAUCUCCAACGUUGGCAUAGCAUGGAGUAUCAAUUUUAGGAUCCAAAACCAUCGGAUGGUUCUGGUUGAAACCGAAGGAUCGUACACCAAUCAAAUACCGUUGGAUUCUCUCGAUGUGCAUGUCGGCCAGUCCUACUCUGUUCUCGUCACAGCCGAUCAAAAUGCAGCUGAUUAUUACAUUGUUGCAAGUCCUAAACUGGUGAAUGUCACUGAACAUAGUCCUCUUGUGGCUGUUGGUGUGUUGCACUAUGACAACUCCACCAUACCUCCUAAUGGGCCUUUACCUAUAGGGCCAGAUCCAUUCGACCGCGAAUUCUCGGUCCAUCAAGCUCAAUCCAUCAGGUGGAACUUGACCACUGGUGCAGCCAGGCCUAACCCACAGGGAACAUUCAAUGUAUCAAAUGUGACACUCUCACAAACAUUCAUUCUCCAUGGAUCAACAGCUGAGAUUGAUGGUGCUCCUCGCUAUACUGUGAACAAUGUGUCCUAUCUCACUCCAGAUACCUCAUUGAAGCUGGCUGACAGCUUUGCCAACGGGUCUGGGGUUUACCUACUUGAUGAAUUUUCUGCUAAUUCUUCAAGGCCGAUGUCUGUGAAUGGUACUUUUGUGGUGAGUGGGAAGCACAAGGGAUGGCUUGAAAUUGUGUUCAAGAAUGAUUUGAGUGUCAUGGACUCCUGGCAUUUGGAUGGAUUCGGGUUCUACGUUGUAGGGUUUGGUGAUGGAAACUGGACACCCAACUCCAAUUCUACCUACAACCUUUAUGAUCCAGUAGUCCGCUCCACUGUUCAGGUGUACCCAGGAGGAUGGACUGCAGUUUAUGCAUACCUAGACAACCCAGGAAUGUGGAAUUUGAGGUCACAAAUAUUGAAGCAUUGGUACUUAGGCCAAGAGCUCUAUGUGAGGGUUUAUGAUCCUGAUCCCAACCCCAAUAAAGAGAGGCCACCCCCUGGAAACCUACUGUUUUGUGGAAAGAUCGAUCCUCCUCCUCCACCACCUUCGACGCCGAAGCCAAUUCCUGCACCGGUACCAGUGCCGGUGCCGGAUGCGCCAUUGCCAGCUAGUGCAACAACUCCACAAAUACCAUGGUGA